AUGGAGAGCGGGGCGGAGGCCGAGGCCGAGGCCGGGUGGUGCCGGCGGCUGCCGCCGCACUGCGGCGCGGUGCCGCUGCUGCGCACGGUGGAGAUGCACGCGGGCGGGGAGCCGCUGCGCGUCGUGGCGGCCGGGGCGGCGAUGGAGAAGCUGCCCGUGGACGUCCCCGGCCRCGGGACGGUGCUGGUCGACGUGGGCUACGGCGGCACCUUCUACGCGGUGCUGAGCGCCGAGCGGCUGGGCCUGGACGUGCGCACGGCCCCGAGCAGGGCGCUGGUGCAGGCGGCGAGCGCCGUCACCGAGGCCGUGAAGAAGCAGUUCAAGCCCCACCACCCUGAAAGCGAAGACCUGGCGUUCCUGUACGGCACCAUACUGACCGACGGGAAGGAUGCCUUCAGCGAGGAGCCCACCACCAACAUCUGCGUGUUUGCAGACGAGCAGGUCRACCGAUGUCCAACAGGUUCAGGGGUGACAGCUCGCAUUGCCCUGCAGUAUCACAAGGGGCUYAUCCAGCUCAAUCAGACCAGAACCUUCCGGAGCAGCACGACGGGGUCCCUCUUCACUGGCAAGGCGGUGGAGGAAACCAGGUUUGGGGACCACAAUGCUGUUAUAGUGGAGGUCUCUGGAGAAGCCUAUUACACUGGCACCGCCACCUUCACUUUCGAAGAGGAGGACCCGCUGAAAUACGGGUUUUUGUUCAAGUGAACCAGUGGCUGAUUCUCACWGAUGGGCUUAGACUGCUACCUGCAUAUUUACAUAGACCUUGCUUCUUCACACAGCCCCUUGCAAUAAUCAGGAACAAAAAGAACAGCCUUUCGUGGUAUGACAGCAUUUGCAGUGUUUCAAGAUGACAGGCCACGUUCUUCCGUUGUGAUUAGCAUAUUUGAGUGCAAGCCAAGGGCUGAUCUGAGACGAUCUUUUAAUAAUUAAUUACUCACAGAAGAUGGAGCUGAGCUUGGACAGCUGUCUUCAGUGCACGUGCCUUAAAAAUGCCUGUGGAUUAGUAAUU